CUGUCUAUAUAUACACAGAUGAGCAUGUCAAUGUUCAGGAUUAUUGUUGUACUAGUUGAAAAUCUUCUGGAAAAUGACCCGAUUACAUUUCGUGUUCUUUCUUGGGUUCGUACUUCUUAUUGAACCGGGUGUUCGAGCCUGGAGCAAAGAAGGUCAUGUCAUGACUUGUCAGAUUGCUCAGGAUCUGUUGGAGCCGGAAGCAGCACAUGCAGUAAAAAUGCUGUUACCAGACUAUGCAAAUGGCAACUUAUCGUCGUUGUGUGUGUGGCCUGAUCAAAUUCGACACUGGUACAAGUACCGGUGGACUAGCUCUCUCCAUUUCAUCGACACACCUGAUCAAGCUUGUUCAUUUGAUUAUCAGAGAGACUGUCAUGAUCCCCAUGGAGCGAAGGACAUGUGUGUUGCUGGAGCAAUUCAAAACUUCACAUCUCAGCUUGGACAUUACCGCCAUGGAACUUCUGAUCGUCGAUAUAAUAUGACAGAGGCUUUGUUAUUUUUAUCCCACUUCAUGGGAGAUAUUCAUCAGCCGAUGCACGUUGGAUUUACAAGCGAUAUGGGAGGAAACAGUAUAAAUUUGCGCUGGUUUCAUCACAAGUCGAACCUGCAUCAUGUAUGGGAUAGAGAGAUAAUUCUUACAGCUGCAGCAGAUUACCAUGGAAAGGACAUGCACUCUCUCCUAGAAGACAUACAGAGGAAUUUUACUGAGGGAAGUUGGUUACAAGAUGUCGAGUCCUGGAAGGAUUGUGAUGAUCUAUUUACUUGCGUGAAUAGGUAUGCUAAAGAGAGUAUAAAGCUAGCAUGCAACUGGGGAUACAAAGGUGUUGAAUCUGGCGAAACUCUGUCAGAUGAAUACUUCAACUCAAGAAUGCCGAUUGUCAUGAAGCGGAUAGCACAGGGUGGAAUCCGUUUAUCCAUGAUUUUGAACCGAGUUCUGGGAAGCUCAGGAAAACAUUCUUUGGCAUGAACCUGAAAGUGUGCAAUUGUGUAACACCCUUAGCUUGUACAAACUGCAGAUUAGAUUGUAAUUUCACUAAUUACAGAUUUAGACUGUAUGCUAAUUUGAACAACCUGUUAACAUUACUAAGAAGGAACAGCAUUGUAUUAUGCACAUUAGCAUUUAUAGGGCUAAAAUAAUAGAUUGUUAGAUAUUUUGUACAAA